AUGAAAUUUAAAAUUGGCUAAAAUACGAAUGACUAUGAAAUAUUUUAUUUUUGGAAAAAUGAUUCUAAUAAAUAAUAAGUAUAAUAAUAUUUUAGAGUUAGCUGAUAAUCAAGCUUAUCAGGAGAUAGAUAGAGUUGUGA